AGAGAGAGAGAGAGGGGUAUGGGGGGAGAAGGGAGGAUGAGAGCAUUGGUGGGUUUGGCUGUGGCAAUGUUUUUGGGAAUAGCGGUCUACUUGAGGAUUUGGACCAUCGAUUAUUCCAUUUCCUCUGAUGAUACUGACCUAUUGAGGAGACAGUUCGAUCUUGCUAGCAGGGAAGCGAUGGAUAAAUCUGCGGAGUGGAGGCUUAAAUAUGAUGAACAAGUAGAGAAGGUUACCGAGUGUGUCAAUGAACUUCAAGAGGUACACAUCAGCUUCUUUUUAAAUGACAGAUUUAUAAGUGAAAUGUAA